AUGGCUAAUCCUUAUUUUUCUGCAUUAUUUUACAGACUAAGUCUUUUGUCAGCUUUAUUCUCCUUGAACACUAUUAAACGUGAAAGCAAUCCUGCAAGAAAAAUCAUGAACAAUACCACAGCUCAAGAAAUGCUAGCUAAUCUACGAGCUACUGUCUUGCCGACCUACAUAUUUACGGGUAUUUUCGCUAUUGGAUUUAUCGGCAAUUUUCUUGUUUGCUUAACCAUUUUUCGUAUCAAUCAGUAUCAUACAUCUACGUAUAUCUUAAUUGCUAGUAUGGCAGUUUCCGAUGCUUUUGGAUGCUUGUUCUUGAUUAUCUAUACUGUGAUAUCAAUCUAUCUCUUGCGUCCCAACGACCUCUCUCUAUCUACUAAAGAAAUCCUGUGCGAUUUCUUAGGUGUAUGCAGUUAUUCAUCAUAUUUUACAUCAACUCAUACGUUAACGAUGAUUAGCAUCGAUCGAUAUUAUGCAUUUGUUAAAGCACCUUUUAAGCCAUUAUUACGCAAUCCAUGGCGUAUAAAGUUAGCUGUCGUUCUUACAUGGGUUUUUGGUUUCCUAGUUGCCUUGCCAAUAAUUCCUGCAGGAGGAAUUGAUCCUAACUAUCCUUUCAUCUGUGAUUCAACCCAUGCGUCAUUACUACAUAAUCAAAUUUAUUUUAUGUUAAUCUUGGUGAUAGAAGAAAUUAUUCCUGCUGUCAUUAUCGUUUAUGCGUAUGUUUGCGUAAUUAAAGCACUGAAUCGAUCCAGCUUCAGCAUUAAGGGUAACGUGGUUAAUAAUUUGAAAAAUUUACAAAAGCGUAAAUCCGCUAUACGUAAAAUUGUGAUCGUCACAGCUGUCUUCCUAGUUUUGACUGCAAUCUUACAUAUUACUCGCUUAGCAGUAGCAUUAACCAAUGCUACCGUGGCUAAUUUAUUUAUCGCUAAUGAGACUAUUUUAGGUAUGAUAACCAAUAUUUGCUAUGGAAUUGCUUUCCUUCAGCCUGUAGUAAAUCCGAUUAUAUUUUGUGUGAUGAGUAAAUCAUUUCGAAAGUCUAUCGUAAAUUCUUCCCUUAAGAGAAGUCGAUCGCAAACGAUAGGCGUAACAUUUGCUCCUUAA